GCCACGACGAAAGAAGAAUCGCCAAUAAAAGAGAGAUCGAAGAGCUGUUAUCGAGAACCGUACUCAACAUCUUCUGGCUGUCCCGGGAGAUUCGACAAUUGUUCGCAGUCAUUAUCAUAUUGGGUUGUUAUUGCGGCCGCCACCUUUCAGCUGUAUGGAUCCCGAGACGAUAUCAACGCCGAUAUUCUCACAACAGACACUCAAUCGUCACUGAGGAAUCUGCAACGACAGGCAAGCAAAAGAGCACAGGACUCUUAGAUCUAGAGCAUCGGCCUCAUUGGAAUUGUUGCCCAAUCGAAAUUACCCAGUGGACGGGACGCAAUUUGAUUAGGUUUCGGCUCCGACACUCUGGGUCAGUCCAUGCGGAUCCGACAGUUCUAGGAGGGACGCUUCUGGUUGGGUCCGGUUAGAAUUCCCUUUCCCGGCAUUGCUCUUUCUUGGCGUUGCGCGCACGGGAGAGCGUAGGCAACGGUUCAGUUUUUCAGGUGAUUACUGAAGAAAAGCAAGGCUGGAGGGCUAUUAUCACGUCUUCGGUGUGGGGAAUGCCGAAGGGGAGAUGGAGAUGGGGAUGGAGAUGGAGAUGGAUGGAGGUGUUAUUCAGCGGCAACAAGCGACUGAAGCCGAUGAUUUCCACGGGGGCAGGACCGUGCAUUCCGCUCCUAUCACUUCAGAAUAUCUGGGUCACGUGGGUAUGCCUCUAGGCCACAAUCACCAUGCUCACUCUCAUCCUGGGCCUGGCAACCAGAGCAUACCCGGCACCUGGCGUUGGCGUAGGCGCAGUUCUCAGCGCCCGGGCCCCGUUACUCAUACUGGUACUGAUACCGGUACCGACCUAGUGGCCCCCGACCAUGAUCCAACUGGAAGUCCAGUGAUAAUACCUUUUACGCAUGCACAAUUCGCGUCACCCCUAGCAGUUCGCGCUCACAAUCACCCUCAUCAUCACAUUCACCCUCAAUCGCAGCCAAACUCACCCUACACUCACCCUCACGCUCUUCAUCACCAUCAGAUAUUACCCUCUCAUCAAUCGCUCUCUCACUCUCACCUCUCCGACGACUCCGCCACUGUCGAUGGCCAUUUCGGCACAAUGGAGCAGAUCGAGACACAAGCAAGCGACCUUCGGUUCCUUGCUCAAGUUCCUGUAUUGAAUCCAACCUCGAGCCCGUCUCUCGGCCCCGGCUCCGGCGCCGGACGAGGCGGGACUCCAGCCCGUACCCCCGGGAGCGCCGUAGGAGCCUCUACGGGUGCUCCCAUUGCUUACGAUAAUCAUGCCAGUCCAAGUUCCGCCUCUGUCGGCGACAAUUCCGCUCAAGGUGCAAGCGCGUCCAAUGCCAAUAAGAGGAAGUCGACAGACGAUGGUCAAGGCAACGGAGCAAAGCAAACAAGAAGUAAAAGAAACAGAUACAUAUCAAUAGCUUGCAAUGAAUGCAAGAGACGAAAAAUAAAAUGUAAUGGCGAAACUCCCUGCCAACGAUGCGGCAACCUCAACUUGGCCUGUCUAUAUGCCCCGAACUGCUGCUCCGGCAACUUUAAGGAAUCCGACGAGUUCAAGCAGGUCACCUCACAACUAGGCCGCCUUCAAGAAGAAGUCGGCUGGCUACACCAAACCGUUAAGGCCCUUCAAUCCGAACCUGCCCGAUAUUCCUCACUUGGUGACCGGACAAUGACCCACGGCCACGGGACGCCGGCAGUCGCCCCUUCACCUUCUCAUAGUUCUACUUCACUUAACCGUCAGGAUAGUUCGAAAUAUGGUUCUUUCAGGGGCCCAACAAGUAUGGCCUUCAGUCUCGACGUUGCCAAUAAUACGAUCAACAACAUGGGCUACAAAGGCAUAUCAGACGAGGAAAAUUCACACCUGAACGAUGGGAUGGGCCCUAUGUCGACACGGCCAAGAGAUCCCCUCCACGAAUUCGACAAGGACGAAAUGAUUCGCCUGUGUCGUCUGCAUGAGGAAGAGAUCGGUAUCAUGUACCCAGUGCUCAACAUUCAAACCGUGAUAUCCCAUGCCAAAAACAUGGCCACAUUUCUUGAAACCCUACGACAACAAAGCCCCAGAGAACUUGUCAACGAUGACAAGACUCUACAGCUCAAGAUCAUCAUGUGCUGUGCUCUAGUGGUAGAAGAGCAUGGGCAUAGUGAUAAAGCCAUUCGCCUGUUUGAGAGCAUGGAAACGGUGCUCAACCGGAAACUCAUGGCUGAGGCUGCAGAUGUUGCAACCCUACCAAUCCUGGCUCUUGUUGCCGGGUAUAGAUUUCUGUCCAACGACGAAGUUUUGGCUUGGCGAGUCAUGGGUCACGUCGCACGAUUAUGUCUAGAGCUUGGCAUUCAUCAAAGAACAGGCCUGAUGAGGAUUCAGGAUGAAGAAGAACGUAAGAAUGCUCUCGUCAGCUUCUGGUCGGCAUAUGUGCUGGAUAGGCGAUGGGCUUUCGCAACUGGGCUACCUUUCGUCGUUCAAGAUGAAGAAAUCGAUUCAGAGCUGCCAUUUCCAGAGGAAUACCCUUAUCUUGUGGCCAUGAUCACCUAUUCUCGGAUAGGUGCAAAAGUGUGGCGACAAGUAGCUCAUUUUGGACCGGUUCUAGCACGCGAUUUACGCUCAGGGGAACUGGAGAAUGUCGACCAGGAGUUGUUGCAGUGGUAUGAACAGAUUCCCGAAGAGGUCAAGGUUCGUAACUGGGAUAAGGAGAAGCAUAUAACGUCGACUCCGUCCUAUAAUUUGCAACGCCUACGAAUCUGGACAUAUUUACGCCUGAAUCAAAUGCGGAUCUGGCUUUACACCCCUGUUUUGCAUAGCGCCACAAGCAUCAUGGCGCAUCCCACGCAGUCAGAACGUGUAGUUGACAUCGCCAAAGACACUAUCCGAUACCUUAGCCACUUGAAUAACACAACCAACUUAUACAGACGUGUGCAGGUUUUCUACCACCAAUUCCUCACAUCUGCGAUUGCGGUCGUCUUCCUCGCGUCCGUUCACGCCCCGGUCCGCUUCAGCGCUUCCUGCCGUGAGGAGUUUUAUAUGGCCCUCGAGCUGGUAAAGGAUUUAUCUGCCAAGAGCUGGGCAUCCCAGCGACUUUGGCGCACAAUUCGAUCACUCAAAGACGUGGCACCGCGAUUUGGACUCAAUGCUGAGGACGACCCCCAGUCAACAGCAGCAUUGGGGAUGAUAGGGCUUGCUCGAGGCCAUAUGGAACAACAGCCGUUCCGCAAGCCAUCUAUUCCUGGUCAGCAAUCACAAGCUGCAACCCCAGACUCGAUGGCACAGAACGGAUCACGAAUUCAAGCCGAGAUGUCACGAAUGUUCGAGGGCUAUGUAGGGUUGAAUGGAUUCCAAUACAACGAUAAUGAGGGACAACAAGGGUCGAAUGCUGAGGUUUCUGAAGCGUCCAAUGGCGGCAUGUUUGGAGUUGAUGGUACUGUCUUUCCUCAGUUCAAGGAGAUGUACUAGCCAACCAUGCUUAGCCAGGUAUUUUGUAUAUUGCUAGUCUUUAGAUAUGAUAUCCCCUCCUGUACACUGACUUCCAGAUAGUCUUGGAUAUAUCUGACGGCGUAAUAUGGCGCUCAAAAUGGAGAUACGAAUGGAGUUAGUAAUAUACUAUUUGAUGAUGAAGAUUGGAUGUUCUGUG